AUGUUCUUGAUGUUCGUCGUUUUUUUUGUGGCGACGGCUGCUGCAGCCCCAGACCACUACGGACCACCACCGACCAGGUUCUAUGGCAUUCCCGGGGCGCAGUCAGGUCCAGUCAUUCCCAUCCUGAAGGACGAGCGUGAGGGACCUGACGCAUCAGGAGUGUACAGCUUCGAGUUCGAGACUGGCAAUGGCAUCAAGCGAGAGGAACAAGGUGCCCCUCAAGGACCGUCUGGCGCAGUGGCAAUGCAAGGAGGAUGGUCUUUCACUUUCCCCGACGGCUCCCCCGCUGAUGUCUCUUUCGUUGCCGACGACGCUGGUUACCGCGUCGAGUCUGACCUACUGCCCACGCCCCCUCCUCUCCCCGCCCACGCCAUCGCCCAGAUCGAGAAGGCUCGUCGGGAGGACGCAGCUGCUGCUGCCUUGAGCGGGCGUUACACCGCUCCUCGGACUAGCUAUGGAUACCCAUAUAUAAUGCAGCAAUAUAUCAAAGGCAUAGAGUAUCGGACUCAAAGACUAAGUUCGAGAAUUCGAAUCACCGACCGACGCGUUGUUCCCCUGGCAAGGGACUUCACCUCGAUUGCCUGCAGGAGAACCAGGUCAUGGUCAAUGGUCAAGGAUCACCUUUGUGGUCUAGAUAUUGCUACUGAAGAAAGCAACGGGAACCUACUUCAGUAA